UGGGUGUGUUCAUAGCUUUCGCUGGUAGUUGACGCGAACACAGCGGAAUAUAAUAUGUGUAGAGUUGACAUAACGGCACAUUGAGAAAAGUCGAGGAAUAUGAUAUUAUAUGAAUCAUUACGAUCUUAUUUCGUGUUAAAUCUACGAUCCCUGCCGUACAGAGAAAUCCUGUUACGUAAUAACUCUUCCAAGUUCUCUCGCGGUAUUUGGGUAAUGGAAGUGUCAAGAGUGUCAACAACGGCCAAGCAGCAGCACAGCAGCGCUGUCCGGAGCUGGGAGGGGGGGAGUGAAGAGGCACUCUAAACGUGGGAUCAUUUGUCUGAGAUGGCGGAUGACCGGCCCUUUGUAUGCACUGCCCCAGGAUGUGGGCAGAGAUUCACAAAUGAAGAUCACCUGUCAGUACACAAACACAAGCAUGAAAUGACAUUAAAAUUUGGUCCUGCCAGGACAGACUCUGUUAUCAUUGCAGACCAAACCCCCACUCCCACACGUUUUCUGAAGAACUGUGAGGAGGUCGGUUUGUUCAAUGAGCUGGCCACCUCCUUCGAGCAAGAGUUUUGCAAAACACAGGAAGAUGAGCAGAGGACGAAAAACCCGGCCGCACCUUUACAAACACCCUCUGAAGUAAAAGAUGAGGAUGAGGGGCCCUUACAAGUCGAUUCUUCUCCUCCUGGAACUCCUGAUUCCUCGUCCAGCAUGUCAGAAAACAGCGGAGACUCUAGGGAGAUCUACACAAAGCCCGUGGCAAGCUCUGCUCCCACUCCAACUAUUGUGCGUCCUGGUUCUCUUCCCCUUCACAUGAGUAAUGACUCACUACACCCCACGUUGCCAUCUCCAACCUCCGUCAUCACACAAGCUCCACCCUCCAACAGACAGCUUGGCUCUCCCACAGGCUCGUAUCCAUUGGUGAGGCACCUCCCUAAUGGGCAGCCAGUUCCUCUCCUGCCCAGUCCUGUGCAGAUGACCUCAGUUAUAUCUCUUGCGAGGCCAGUGAACACAGUGCCUAACAUCCCUGGGAUUCCAGGACCGCCUGUUGGAGGGGCUAGCAGUGGUUCAUCCUCCCCAUCUGGCUAUACUCUUCACUCUGAGGCAAAGAUGCGGUUGAAGGCAGCUCUAACUCAUCAGGGCCCAGGAGCACAAGAUGGCAUCGGUGGGGGGUCGGGAUCCAUCCCUGCUGUUCCACAGCGACAGGAACAAAGCCAGCAGCCCUCUCAAAACUCUGAUGCACCAUCACCUGCCCAACCACAGGUGUCCCCUGCUCAGCCAACAGGGGGCAGGCGGCGGCGAGCAGCAGAGAUGGACCCUGACGAGAGGAGGCAGCGUUUUCUGGAAAGGAAUCGGGCAGCUGCUUCCCGCUGCAGGCAAAAGCGGAAGCUGUGGGUGAACUCUCUGGAGAAAAAAGCAGAAGAUCUGGCCAACAUGAACGUCUCCCUCACAAAUGAAGUAACCCAUCUGAGGAAUGAGGUGGCACAGCUGAAGCAGCUUCUCCUGGCCCACAAGGACUGUCCUGUCACUAUUAUGCAGAAGAAGGCAGCUUUAUUAGCUGCAGGAGGAGAGGAAACCUCCAGGGAUACUUCCACUGAACCCAUUGGCUCCCCGGCGGCAGUCAUUCAGCACGUGCCGUCGCCCUCGGCAACAAGUCCGGGGGCCACCAUCAACGGGCUGAGCGUGCGGGCUGCAGAGGCGGUGGCCAUGUCGGUCUUGGCCGGCAUGGGAUCGGGCCAGGCUGCAGGGGUUGUCAUGGCAACGCAGCCGCAGUCCGCCCCGAGAUGAUCCGCAGACACUUAAUAGACCAGAAUGAACUCGAGUGGCAUUCGGAGGUCGGACUCGUGCAAAGAUUUCUGAAAAGAGGAACCUGCCCUCAAAUCCCCCUCCCCUUCCAACCCACACCCCAAAACUAAGAUCCACUUCCACGCCCACCCAAUUCCCUCACAGUCGACGAUAAUCACACAAAGACGCGGCACAGUGCCUCCGUCAGCCCUCCACUCCAAGCAGGCUCCCUUUUUCAUCGAAGCUUCGUCACUCUCUCUAUGUAAAUAUGAAUUACACGUCAGACACUCACUCUGCAGGGUUUGGGGUAAGUUCUUGUUCAGUUCUGACACUUGGGAAAGGUUUAAAGGCUCGAGAAGAAAAAUCUGAAUGGAAAAUCAUCGCAUCAGAAACAUCGUUUUUUUUAUAACUUCCUUUCACAAAGCCACUGUAGUCCACCUUCUUCCCACACACUGGUUGUGAUGAGUUCUUUUUUUUCUUUUUUGUUUGUCUUUCCCAGGCUGACACUUUUUCUGUAAAAUAUCUUGUAUUUUUCAUGCGUAAGAAAAGAUUUUUUAUGCCCGAUAUGUUAGUCAGAUAAUGUUUUGCUAAUGCAGUGAAAGUCUGAGGAGAGCUGAAUGCAGUGAGCAGUAGCCUGGAAAGUGUUUCUAUUGUUUUGUUUUCAACCUGUUCUUUCAGUUUUGAGUUAAUACACUUGUUGCUUUAGUCAGCUGAGUUCUUAGCAAACCAAAUUGUAGAUGGUGUACACUGUUUACCCUGUGAUUGUGUGCCUGACACUUUUUUUUUUUUUAAAUCAUGUAUUUUAACCCAUUCAGAAUGGAUGACAUGUUAGUCCUGUGUAUCAAACCCUAAUGACUGCAUGGAGUAUUAAGGGUGAAGAUUUACCACUGUUUGUGAUUCAUCCUAUUCACUGUUUUCUUGUUAUUUUUCGGUUCUCUAACAUUGUUAUCAAUGCAAAAAUCGUUGUAAGGAUUCCAUCCUCGGUCCUAAUGUAACACACUUGAAAAGUUUGAUCCUUUAGACGGCCUUUAAAUGAUAAUCAUACGUAGAUUUUUAAACUCCAGUACCCACGCAUUUCAGUUGAGGAAAGACUAGUGCAAUAUAUUUUUCUAUUGAAUAUCGAUGUUCUUGCAUUUAGCUGACAUGUGUAGCCCAGCUGCUGAGGGGGUGGUGGGUGUUUGGUCGAGUUUUAAAAGCUAAAGUUAUGAGGUGACCAAAGCAAAUGUGAAGAUAAGUAUUCUUGAGUGAAUGAGAUUUGUGAUUAGUGUGCAUUUUUAGAGAGUUACAGGUGUCCUGGUCUUGUGUGCUUUCCAACUUUUGACGAGCCGUCUUGUAUAAUGAAGUAGACUCAAUACUUGUGCACGGUGCUUCUUUUUAAUUGCAAGUUUUAAAAUGCAGCUUAUUUUAUAUGGCAUUGUACUUCCAAGACUAUCAUAUUGCCCCCCUCCCUGCUGCUCUUUUAUAACAUGUCUUUGUUUUAAGAUGUUUAUUUUUGCUCUGUGGGUAUGUUAGACCCCCCACCCCCCACCCCAAUUCAUGUAAUAGUACUUCCCCUUAAUUUGUAAAGAGGACAGUUUUUAAGUGUUUAGCGACAGUGAAUCCACAUGGGAAAAUGUCUUGGAAGGAGUUUACUCAGGCCUCAAGAUGGGAUACAUUAUUUGUGUACAGUCUCAACUAAUGAAUAAGUUGUCUUGAGCAAAUAAUAAAAAUAAAUUAAUGAACCUGA